AGCAACAUGAGCAGCAACAACAACAACAGCAACAAUGGCGACAAGUCCAGUACAUCCUCAUCUGCCUCCUCGGGUGGCAGGGAUAGGGAGAGCAAAGACAUCGCAGCCAGCAGCGCAGCUCACAGCACACAGUCCAAUGGUGGGGGCAGGGAUCGAGAACGUGAACGUCUUUCCCGCAGUCCGCCGGAUUCUCCGCCGGAAGCAGCACGAGGUGUUACCAUUGCACCCCGCUCUCCACUCUCUCCACAAAGCGGAUUGCUGCACUCGCGUCCACAGCGCAAUGCGAGCGCCUCGCCCGUGGUUAAUGGAGCCUCGGCCACUUCCCCGCCACCCCCGCCCCCUUCAUCAACACAGGCAGCCACACUGGCAGCUGCUGCAGCUGCAGCUGCCGCUGCAGCCGCACAUGUGGAGCAAGCUCGUUUACUGGCCAAGAUACGCAAAUUUUUAGGCUCCCUUGUCCAGUUCUCGCAGGAGCUGCAGCCAGAGGUGAGCGAGCGAGUUCGCGCCUUGGUCCUCUCGCUAUGCAGUGGCGCCAUUUCCAUCGAGGAGUUCCGACUGGCCCUGCAGGAGGCCAUAAACCUGCCGCUGCGUCCGUAUGUUAUGCCGCUGCUCAAGAACAGCGUUGCGCUGCUACAGCGUGAGAUUUUGGCACUGGCACGCGCCACAAACCAGUCGCCUUUACAGUACGUAACCUCCAAUGAGCAAGCGGUUAUGGAGUUCGCGCCGCAUGGCGUAGCCUGCGGCGAAUUCAGCGACAUUUUUGUGCAGCUAGAAGCGUCGCCAGGCUCGGCAAAUGGGCUGGUCAAGCGACGUUCCUCCGACUCCAUGAUGGAACAUGGAGCGCACAACGGGCUGCAGGAAUGGAGCGAGUAUAUGGCGAGCGCUUAUCCGCCGCCCACGAAGCGGCUGGCCAUGACUCAUGGUCAUGCCGUGGUGGGCCAGCCUUCACUCUUCGACUACAGUGCUGGUGUGGAGCGGGCCGAUGUGUCUGCUGGCGGCUUUUUACCGCGUGAUGACCGUGAGCUGCGUCUGAAUGAAGCCCAGGCACAAGCAAGGCAUGCUGUGCCCCCACCCGCGGCUCGUCCGCCCGCCUCCAACGCCGCACCCGCAAGCGGCAAUGCGGCUCCUGUUCCUGCUGGUGGCGAAGAGGAGUGGAAAAACAUACACACCAUGCUCAACUGCAUAUCGGCCAUGGUGGAUAAAACCAAGCGAGCUAUUACCAUUUUACAGCAACGAGGCAUUGAGCCACAGCAUGGAAACAACAGUCAAGAGGUGACGCCCGCGGCCCUCGUCGAGCUGCGACGCCAAACGGAGGAGAAGGUUGCCGAGUUCAAGCGCAAUGCUGAGGAUGCAGUCACUCAGGUCAAGCGGCAGGCGGUUAUUGAAAUACAACGGGCUGUCGUUGCGGCAGAGACUCGAGCCGCUGAGAUUAUGACGCAGGAACGUCUACGUAUGGAAAAGUUCUUCAUGGAGAUGAGCCGGCAUUCGAGUGGAGAACGCGACCUUGAUAAUAAAUCGCCCUCGAUACCCAGCGCACAAAAUGGAAGCAAUUUGCAGCAACAGUGUUGGAACUGUGGACGCAAGGCCACGGAAACCUGCUCCGGGUGCAACAUGGCACGCUACUGCAGCGCCUCUUGUCAGUACAGGGACUGGGACAGUCAUCAUCAGGUCUGUGCUAAUUCACGGGCCACCGAGCUGAGCGCCAAGCACUUGCACAACGCUAGUCUCCGCAGCGCAAUGGCCACCCGCUCGCCGCCCACGCCCACCACGACGGCGACUGUUGCUGCCUCUGCUCACUUGCAGACUGCUCCACAGUCAGCUGGAGGACGGGAGGCUCCUGUGGUGGACGGCAGAGGUACAGGAGGCGGUGCCUCUGGCGGUGCAGCCACGCCCAGCGCCCUGGUGCCCAACGGUUUGGGCUCCAAAUGACGCAUUCGCAUGAUGAAACCUAAGAAGAAAUACUUGUGCUAGUCAAAUUAAAGCGCCGCAUUAUACGAGAGGAGGAGCAGGCGCAUAAUACACAUACAUACAUACACACGCACACACGCACGCAUACUACGUCACGAACUAUGUAGUGUAUGGAAAUAUGCGGAUAUACUUAUCACCGAUUAGCGGAGCAUAAACCAAAAAAUAAGAAAUCAAAAUGAUCCAGGAGAAGGAGCUGUUGUCUGCAUUCGGUAACUAAUAGUAGGGCAGGCUUUGAGGUACCCACAUCUAUAUACAUACAUAAUGAUAAUGGCUAAACAUACGAUAAAGGAUACAGAUACUUCAAGUAACGCAACUAUUGCACUUGCAUUUUAAUGACACUUGAUAAGCAUUUCCACAAUACAUAUUUACAUUUUCGAGAUAUUAUUGCAUUCAGUGUUUUUUGGAACACCCCAUAGGAGAAACGUCAUAUCUGCAAGGCUGUUUGGUUGGUGUGGGCAAAAUUUAAUGUUGGCCAUUGGAAGUGUACUACCCAUAACUCGAACAAGAUCGGAUAUUGUUCUCAGAUUUAGCAAAGUUUGUUAAGUUCCCCCAUUCACCAGAUGUUUCUUCCUAAUUGAAAUCUUUCGUUAAAGACCCUGAUUUUCCAUCCUGAAUACGCUGAAGGUUACUUUAAGGCUCUUUCCUCAUUCAGUUAAGAAUCUGUUUAGGUGUGUAGGUAAAAAGGAUAUUUGGAAAAAUGAAGAAUUUGUUUAGAUAUGGUGGUAUAAAUGUUUAUAUUUAGAUCUUGGAUAUGUGUACAGCAUACUUUUAUUUGUAUUUUUUUCCCUCUGUAAAUUGUACAUAAUUAACCCUUUUAUUGUUAUUAGGCGAUUUCCCAUUUGCAUAACUUGUUUUAAACGCAAACCCCUGCACCAUUCAAUUAAAAGAAUCUCCCCUUUCCAAUUCAAUAGAAAUUCACUUGGUUCCAAAAAUGUUGCAAAACAAACCUGUAUAUCCUUGUUUUCUUUAUAAAAUGGCAUUUUUAGAAUCUAACUAACUCCUGAGAAGAAAAGUUUCUAAAAUGUAAGUCUAAUUGAAAAUGGGAGCAUUAAUGGACUACAAUUUUGCCAUAUACAUCAAGCAGCCCGUAACGGCGUUUGGCACACGAAUGACAUCAGAUUAGAUAAUACAAAAAAUAAAUAAUAUAAAGAAGAAAUUAAUUACAUUUUGCAGCAGCACUUACCAGUCCUUUAAGACUAUUUGCACACAUCUAUAGUUACGAGAAUAUGCUAAUUAUACAAGAAGUACAAUUGACUUCGAAUCGAAUGAAUUAUUGAAAACACUGUAAGUACAUAGGCAACCAAAAAGAACAUAA